CGUUAAAGGACACGUAAACAAUGGCUGCCAUUGAUAAAGUGAAAGUUCUUGUUGUCGGAGAUUCAGGUGUUGGGAAAACAUCUUUCGUACAUUUAGUUUGUCAGUGUGAACCAUACAGUAAUCCUGGAGCUACAAUAGGCUGCUCUGUAGAAGUAAAGUUACAUGGAUACAAAGCUGGAUUACCAGGAGAAAAAGAAUAUUUUGUAGAACUAUGGGAUAUAGGAGGAUCAUCUAGUCAUAAAAAUAGUCGUUCAAUAUUUUAUAAUUUGGUAAAUGGAAUAAUUUUAGUUCAUGAUCUGAGCAAUAGAAAAUCUCAUCAGAAUUUAAGGAAAUGGUUAGCUGAAGUGUUAGAUAAGGGAACUGAUAAAGUUAAUAAUGGAUAUGAUUAUGAUCCUGAGCAGUUUGCAGGUAACCAGAUACCGAUACUAGUAAUAGGAACUAAAGCGGACCAGGCUCAAAGUUUAAAUGAAAAUGUUCUUUCUAAAAGAUCCUCAGUGGCAGAGGAAUGUGGAGCAGAUGAGUUUAAUAUUGAUUGUACACAUAUGAAAUAUCUGACACCAGGGUCAACCAAUAGUGUAAAACUGGCUCGAUUUUUUGAUAAGGUUAUAGAAAGAAGAUAUUCAGCCAAUCAGGUCAGUGGUAAUAGAAAUACAUAUGAUUACCUGGAGUGACAUAUGCACAACAACUUAAUGUUACAAGUUGGCCAUGUGAGUCCACUAACUGACAGAAGAAGAUGGAAAAAUACUCAUACGGACUGAAUACAAAUAUUUACUUAUACAAUAUACACAUUCCCACAUUUCUUUCUUGUUGCUUAAAGUGACCAAUUAAUUUGAAAUUUUGAUAAAUAUGACACUACUUAUUAAAAAUUCAACAAGCAAUAAUGAAAAAAAUAGUGCUGAUUGCCUGCAAACAGUAUUAAAUAAUGGACUUUUAUCUAACCAGAAAAUGUUAUUGUGGAUAUGACCAAUUAUUUCUUCAAAGAGGUGUUAUUAUUUUCACACAGAAAACAAAUUUAAUUCAUUUGACAUAAUGACAUGUUUUGAAUAAUCCUAAUCUCACUGAAUGAUCAAGUAUUGAUCAGCUAAGAGUUUAUACUUCAUAGUUCUCAUUGAACACCACUAGGAAAUUUUGUAUGACUGGUAAACUGUAUAUCAGUGAUAAUUAUGUAUUGUCUCUCAUUAUGCAUACCAUCUAAUUUCAACAUCCCCAGUCUAAUGGAACGUCAUUUAAAAAUACUUCAAAUUGAAUAUUAUUUUAUACUGACCAGUGAAGCCUCUUUGAUCUUUACAAGUCACAAAUUUAGCCUAUCUGUUUUAACCUAGAUAAGGAAAGGAACCAUUUCUGUAUUGUAAUAAAAUUUUUUCUUCAAACCUUUAAAAUUCUAUAAAGAAUGUCAUGUCUUGAAACAAACUGAUCAACCAUGAUUAUUCGCUUGGCCACUAUAAUCACUGCAAGGAUUGACAUCGGGGGGAGUUAAUUAGCUCUCAACAUUAACUUUUUUCUUCUGCAAAUUAAAUUUUUAAAUUAUUAAGAAAAAAAAUAAAUAUGUUGGAAGUAUGCAAAAGCGUAAAAUGGGUAAAGGGCACCAAUCUGCCCGGACCAGUUUAUGUUAAGCUGUGUCUGAUGUAAACAAUGCAUGCUGUAAACCAUGCACACUCUAUUGCGCCGGAUGAUGUAACAAUGUCACAUGUAUACAUUAAAGGUCAGUCAUCUUCUGCAGAGUUAAAAGAAGGCUUUCGCAUUUCCUCUGUGAAACAGAUUGGUCUUGAAAUUCAACAAAACUGACGCUUCCCAUGACCAGUUAAUAUAAGACUGUAUAAGAAUUGGAAUAUGAUAGAAUAUAGAAGACAGUGUUAUCUAAUUUAAACUUUAAUAUGUAUAAGUUACAGGAAUAACUAUAUAGUAUAUAGUGUUUGUUCAGUGUAGUACUAAUAUCGACCCAAGCAGCCAACACUAUCCAUUAAUAUAAAUCUAUUUAUUAAUAUUAGCUGAAUAUUAUUGUCUAAGUUUAUUAAACAGCAGCCUUUUAUUAGAGCCAAGAUAAAUCUAUAUUACAUUUAAAAUUCUCGUAAUAAUUUAUUUACAUAUGUAGAGUCGGAAACAUCUGCUAUGGAGGCAUUGACUCCUGUGUGUCAUCUGUUUGUCAGGGGGGGUUGGAUGGCCGAAUGGUUAGCACACAUCUGCUGUAUCAUACGGUCUAUCGUUGUGUCAACUGGUGGGGUUUCGAUUCCCCGGUUGAAUGUGACAAGGAGUAGGGUUGCCUUCCAACCUUGUGGGUUUUCUCCGUGUCCUCCGGUUUCCUCCCACUGCUAAAGACCCCUACGCGCAUGUGAAUUAUUGAAAUAAAAAAAUUAAACCAUAUGUUAGUCCCAAAAUGACCUAGUUUGUGUCGAGUGGACGUUAAACCCCAUUUCUCUCUCGCUGUCUCUGUUUGUCAGUGUAUUUUAUAUUUCAAUGGUAUUUAUGUGUUAUUUUUAUAAUGUAUUGUUUAUAGUUAUUGUAAAAUGUAUAGUUUAUGGUUAUUGUAUGUUAUUACUGUAUAUGAUUAUAAAAACAUUUUGAACAGAA